AAGCCACAUCUGUUUUGGCAUGAAAUCUCCAGAGGAGAUGCGUCAGCAAGCUCACAUUCAAGUGGUCAGCAAAAACUUGUAUAGCCAGGACAACCAUCACUCUCCGCUGCAGUAUGGCGUACUUGACCAUCGCAUGGGAACUAGUGAAAAAGACCGUCCGUGUGAAACCUGUGGAAAAAAUCUAGCUGAUUGUUUAGGACAUUAUGGGUACAUUGACUUAGAACUUCCAUGUUUUCAUGUCGGCUACUUCAAAGCUGUGAUAGGCAUCUUGCAGAUGAUCUGCAAAACCUGUUGCCAUAUCAUGCUGUCGGUGGAAGAAAAAAAACAAUUUUUGGAUUACCUGAAGCGACCUGGCCUUACAUAUCUUCAGAAGAGAGGACUGAAAAAGAAAGUGUCUGAAAAGUGUCGAAAGAAAAACACUUGUCCUUACUGUGGUGCCUUUAAUGGAACUGUGAAGAAGUGUGGUUUGUUGAAAAUAAUACAUGAAAAAUACAAGACCAAUAAGAAAGUUGUAGAUCCAGUAGUAUCUACUUUUCUUCAGUCCUUUGAAACUGCCAUAGAACAUAACAAAGAAGUAGAACCCUUACUGGGAAGAGCUCAGGAAAACUUGAAUCCUUUGAUAGUAUUGAACCUCUUUAAAAGAAUUCCAGCAGAAGACAUCCCUCUGCUUCUAAUGAACCCAGAGGCCGGUAAACCUUCAGAUUUGAUCCUCAGACGACUCUUAGUGCCUCCACUGUGUAUCAGACCCUCUGUCGUGAGUGACUUGAAGUCGGGCACCAACGAAGACGACUUGACAAUGAAACUGACAGAGAUAAUCUUUCUCAACGAUGUAAUAAAAAAG